AUGACGUACGACAGAUCUAAAGAGAUGGAACAACAAGCUUGGGUUGCUGAGAGACUCAACAGAACACCAGCGUUGUCUGCGUUGAACGGCCUGCUUUCUUCGUUUCCUGUGGUGAAGAUCUUCACCUCUAACGCUGUUCCUCUUCUCAUUUGGAGAGAGCACAACCAGGCUGCCAGACUGGACAAGAAACUCAACCACUAG